AUGAACGCGGGCCUGGAGGUGAAGACAGAGCAAGGCGAGUCGGAGGGGGUGGCCGGGACUGCCACCGCUUCCACAGCGUUGGAGCCAUUGCCAUUGUCGUCAGCCCUUCUUCGAGAUGUGGAACAACUUCUGAGUGCCGCCAGGGCGAUUACGCCCUUUCUCACUGAGACAACGGAGCAGCUGCAACCCAUGCGGGCCGCACUAACGACGGUGAUGGGUAACCUGCGUAUAUGUCGUCAUUGCAUACGGAGGAAGAAUGCGCCCAGUAUUGUCCCUCGUCUUUUGAUUGCUGGCCCCGCACAGACAGGGAAAAGCGCCAUAGUGGAUUUUGUUCUUCAGCACCUCAUGCAGACGACGUUGGACACUGGAGCUGCGACUACCAUUUCACGUGAGGCGUCUACUGUGGUUCUUAAAGACGAGGAGUGCAACAUGAGCUUGGAUUCAAUGAGGAAGAGAUCACAUUCGCUGCUGGUGCGGCCUCAUUCAUCCACAGUUGGAAACCACAACAUGGAUCCCAAGUGUAAUUACGGUGCCUCCCAUGCUAAGGCAGGAGGGAUGCUGUGCAGAAAGCCCAGUGGGGUGAAUGGCGUUGAAGAAUGCGAUGAAACAGAGGGUAUUCUUUGUUCAUCAGAAUCCGUGACAAGUGUAGUUAAUAUUGUGGGUCGCGGAAACAGGCUAGGCUCAACUCAUAAUCUGGACUAUGGUCUACAGCAAGACGCGACCGAUUCAUCCUCUCUCAACGAUCGUGCACGUCGGAGGCAUUCACAUGGGGAUGAGGGACGAAGAAGUAUUCCAUUGUUAAAGUUUGUGGAGAUAUCACCGCUUCCUGAUGUAUAUUUGCCACAUUCUAUGACGAGUGACGUUGCGUCGAUUUGUAUAGAUACAACGCCUUCGUCUUGUGUAGUGGUGGUCUCUGGUGGGCUUGAGACUACCAUUGUUGAUCGUAUGCGCAGUAGCCAAUCUGGCGUGAUCAGGAAUUGGCUACGAGGGGGGCAAAAGGAGACGCACCGUCCAAAUGAUGGGGUUCAUGCACUGCCGUCGCAUAGUGGUGCUUGUGGUGGUCAGCGGACAGCGACGGCGUCUGAGGGCGUAGAACAGGCUGCUGUGUAUAUAGAGCCAUGCAGCCUGUGUCGGGCACCGUCUUGGCUGCUGCUGGAAACUGCGGGCAACAUUGUGCGGAGCGAGGGGGAUGGGGUGCCGUUUGUUCAGCUACCUGACUCCCUGUGCGCUGAGGCGAUUUUUUUCACUCUCCCAUGUGAGGUGGUUGGCACGUAUCGCAUGGCGACUGUCAUGAAUAAACUCUUUGACCCCUUUGUGGUCCCCACCGAGGAUGACGCGUGCGACGGCACCAUAGGUGGUGAGCGUGUCUUAAUCCUGGCAGAACAGCAGCAGCAGCAGCAGUGCCGGCGUCCGCGGAAUAAGGCAAAUUGUGUUCACGAUGAGGAUGACAGAGAAGCUCUUUGUCAGCUUAUUUCAGACAUGGCAUUUUAUAUACUAACCUUCUCUGACGCCAUCAUUGCACGUUCCGAGGGUGUGCUCACGACAGACAAGCAGCUAGCCAAUCGCCCACCGCCGAUGGCGGGGAGUCUUCCGGAGCUUAUUGUAUUGUUUCAGAAUGAAAUGCGUCGAAUCUUCGGCGUUCAUGUAAAUAGUUGGCAGGUGGUCCCUUUUAGUGGGCCCAUGAGUCGCGUCACAAGUGCUGCAAUUAGGGCGAUUUACGAGAAACGCUUCACGGGGGUAGAAUCAUUGGGCGCCGAUGAGACGCUCCCAUCAGACUCCUCCGCGUUUUCGCAGCUGCUUCCAGUGGAUUCCACUGUCUCAUUUCCAGCACCACCGGUUGCAGGGAAGACGGAACUGAACCUGCAGCUGGCAAUAGCUGAAUAUUGUGAUGUAGUGUAUGGUGAGCGGUUCAAGCAGCGCCAACACCGUUUUUCACCGGAUCAGCUGGAGGAACUUGUUUGGCAACACGCCUUAAGUGACAUGUGGCAGUUGUCAGGGGCACGCCAGCUUCUCCACACGGUAAAGUGCUUUGAGUGGAAUUCUCUUCAUCACAUCGUGUCUCACAUCGCGUUCUCUCUCGUGAUUUUCAGCAGGCAGCUGCAGUCAUUGCUCCCAAAGGUGCAGGAGUGCCUUUGGAUGCAAAAGAAACAUCUUCAGAACGAGUUGAAACGACGAAAGCGAGAGAAUUUUAUGGCAAACAUGGCACUUCGGCGACUGAAGGAGAUGCACAUUCCCGGGCAGAUGAUCCAAGGUGUUUUGUAUAUGAUAGAAGAACAUUUUGAAGAAGUUGUCAUUCGCUUCUGGUGGACGUUGUUGACGCUGCUGGACGAAGAGAAUGUACGCUUUGGGGUUUACCGCCGGGGCGGGGCGAAAAUGUUGUCUGAUUCUUGUCGUCACCCGUUGCUGACGCCAUCGGAUUUGUCUGUGGCGGCGCGGAAGCGACUGUGCAAGCUGUACCGUCGAUUUCUUGAGGUGCACAUGACCCAAGGUUAUGAAACUCAAAUGUCACAUCUUCAGUCCAUCAUUGAAGAGGCGUGUAGACAGACCAGCAACCCCACACUCUGUGGUGGCCAAAGAGAAUUGAGUGAUGCAGAGGCGGUCCAUGGGCUCUCCCCCCGCACUGCGUCUGUACUGCCCCCCGACUUGGUGCACCUUGUAGAGGAUGCCAGGCACCACAUACCUUUUGUUGCAAAGAAUGCGCGAGGGUUGAAGCGUACGAUGCAGAAGGAGCUUUCUCUACUUGUUGCUCGUCUCAACACGGAGGUGAUUAAUUACUUCAUGGCGGAGCUGGCAAAUGCGAUGCACGGAUUUGAUAAGCUGUGUGAAAUGCAGCUAGAAGUCUCAAAGGAGACAAUGCUGCAGCUGGUGACUGCGGUGAACCCUAGACAGACGUUUGACGCCAUUGAGCUAAAAUUGCUGCGUUCAUUGCUGAGUAAAAUUCAACGUUUUACCCUUCUUGAGCUGCGCCCAGACCAGGAACUCGAGGCGUUUGUCACGGGACUACGGAGUGCGCUGUGCCAGGACCAGGUGAAAAUGUACGUCAAGCUGCUGAAUGGGGGCUGGAACGGGCAGUGCACGGAUUGUGCGGCAAACACCUUGGCGUAUCUCGCGAAGUCGGAGGAGUGCGACACUCAGCGGCAGCAGCAGCCCCCGGACCGCGUUAUGCUGCGAAAUUCCAGUUUUUUUCACCAGUUACGGGGGUACCGCGAUAUCGCCUGGGCCCCGAUGGAGAUGACCGAACUGACGCUGCCGUCACCAAACCGGGUACGCAAGUCGACACGUGUUGGGCUCAAACAUCAUUCGUCGAUGGAUGACGCUGCAGGAACGACAGUGGCAAAUCCCUUGGUAGAGGCGUGCACGGUGCCUUUGAGGGAGCCUCCAAACGAGGACGACAAGGUCCCACUGCAUGUCUGCAAUGACGUUGUUGCCUCCACGAGCAACCCGAUCUGGUUUUUUCUUGUCGUAUGGCAGGAGGUGUUUUCUGUGAUGACAUUUCGUCCCUGGAUGCUGUUACACAAUGUACGUUAUGCCACUCUACUAAACAAAAUUACACUCAUUUUUCUGAAGGGGCAAGGUCGGCUGGAGGCGAUGGUGAAGGAAGAGAGUGACAAAGCUGAGGCGAAGCUGCGGAGUCUGAGUCAAGAAAAGACUCGACUGAGGGAAGAGUUGCCGUCCCUGCUGCAGCACCUCAGCACCACCGCCGAAGGUGUGGCUCACGAGAUGAAGUCAUUUAAUGCAGAGACCUUUCGAAGCCUCUCCAUGUGA